GGUACAGAUGGCACAAAAUUUGCAAAAGCAAGGACCUUUGGUUCUCAAAUCACUUGGUGAAAGCAAUCUUCUUCACCUAGUGGAGGUAUUAAUCUCCGAUAAGAAAUGGAUUGUAGAAUGCUCGUCCCAAGCUUCCCCUUUUAAACUCAUUUGGCCUGCUGGAAAAAGUUCUAAAUUUAGUAAUCCUAAUUCAAAUGGGUUGAGAUCUCUCUUUUUGGGCUCACCAUUGCCGUCCAGUAUGCAAGAACUAGCAGAGCAUGGUGUAGAGAACAGACAUCAAGAUCAUCCUCGUACUGGAAUAUCUCCAUCUGUUAUUCACAAAAGAACUUCUGGCAAGUCCAGAAGAGAGAUACUUAGUGACUGUCAGAAGCUUGUGGAUGACAUUGUAAAGGAGUACCCAGAAGGAUUUAAAAUAGGCUCCUUUGGGAGAUUGUUCCUCAAAAGGUAUGGCUAUUCUCUUGAUUUACAAAAGCUUGGUUAUCAAAAACUGGCAUCCUUGCUACAAAUAAUGAAUGGUGUGAAAAUACAGUCUACUUACAUCAUCCCAUCUGGAAAAGUCACCAAGGGUUAUGGUCUAGAAACUGCUGAUCCUAAUGUUAAAGAAAAUAACGUCAAUGCUACUGUGUCUAUUUCAACGAUGGACGACAAUCUUGACUCACCAUGGGAGGAACUUGGGCCAAUUGCCAAUAAUGGUCCCAUAAGAAAUGAAAUAGGGUUAGGAUUGAGUAGGAAAGGUGAAGAACCGGUGGGACAGAUACAUAAUGACUAUGAAACCCUAUCAGGUGAUGACUUUUCUGAUUCAGAAGAAGAGAAUCUACCCUCAGCGAAAUCAAAAGGCCCAGGGAAGACUAGAAUAGAUGAGGAAGAUAGCUCAUUGCUACAGAUUCUUGACUCGUGGUACAGCAGCAAGGAGGAUAGCAGUAAAAGGGAUGCAUCAGGGACUGUUGAUGGGAUGGUGGAUUGUUCCGGAAAUGGUUUUAAGCAAUCUGCUUCAGCUGGAGUUGGCGGCGUCAAGAGUGAAACUCCUGUGGUAAACUAUGGACGGAAGCAGAGAGCUUCCAAGAACUACUCAUUUGUCUCCCAGCAGGAUAGUAAGGACGAGUUAAUUGAUGGCAUAUUGGGUAGUUUGAAAAAGUCAGGCGAGAAGUCGGCCGAGGCAAGGAUCUAGGUUGAAAGGUGUUCAAGGAUAGAAUGGUGGCACAGUGUUCCUGGCUCUUUAUACAGAAAUUAUUUCAGAAAGUUACAAGUUUGCAGAGGAUUAGAUAGGGGAAAAAAGGUGAUAAUCCUUUAUACAUCUUGCUCAUAUUUCAAGCAUUUAUUCUGCUGCAGAUAGUUGGAUGAUUAUUUUACUGGAGGUAAAAAAGGUUGUCCCCAGUAUGCAAGGCUCUCGCCUAUGACCAGGUUUUUAUUCAUACCAUAUCACUAGUUAAAGUCUAUUAUGUCAUAAAGCAUGUUCGAAUGCAACAUAGAGUACUGUAGAUGGCGUUACAUCCUUGCUGAAAUCUAUUUAUGUGCCGUAUGGGUACCAAUUUUGUACCAAAUUUUGCUUGAUACGUAACUAUCUAAAUGUACUAGUGGUAAAUGCUCUUUCAUUCCUUGGCG